GUUUUACACUGAGAGUUUCUUUCCUGACGACAUGUAUAGUCGUUGGGAGAUUCGCGCCUGUGAACGUCUUUGAAAAUGGCUGAUUGUAUGAUUGUAUCGUCGUGUAUUCUGGAAAUUAAAUGAGCUGUUCUGCGUAUCUCGCAGAAGAGGCGGAUAUUCGUAACAUAAAAGCUGAUACAAAGCUGAAUCGUGGGUGUGGUGUGAGUUUAAAAAAAAAUCAUUGACGUGAGGUUUUAUUCAGAUGGUGACGCAAAUGAAAUGGAUUUUUGUUAAUAACAAACGUAUGUAUACACACAUAAUUAUUUGCUGCGAGUUGUGUCAACGAUGUUUGGCACCAGCUUAUUAUCAUCGGUGUAAAACUUUGGUGCAAAACUUUCAAUAAUUUACGGAUGAAAGUUAACUAUAUGCCGGUCGAAGAAAUUGAUCAUAUGAAAUUAUUUGCUGCGGGGCACGCCAGUUGCACCAGCGUGACUUAAACUAUUAUCAACGUUUUGGGCUACUGAAAACGCAGUUUCGUUUUCGAAAAAAUUUGAUAAAUAGCAAAUACCAGGAACAACUUGCAUGUGUUACGUUCAUGUAUAUCUAUACCCUCGUUCGAUUAAUUGACAGCUCGAAGACCCUACGGAAUCGAAUAGCUCACUUCAUGCGCUUCUACGGUUUGCAACAAGGGCUUUGUUUUUCUACGAAAAUUGCAACAGUAACCCAAUCGUUCGCGUUAUUAUCGACGACACCUUCGAACUGGUGACAAAUAGUGGGGUGAAUAAAAAUAUAUAUAUCUACGACGUUACCGAAUCUAUGGUGGUUUACAUACCUCAUUAAAAGUCAAUUGAUCCGUCAAAGAUAACGGAAUAACUCUUCUGAUAAAUCCUUUAACAAGUUUCACGUAUGGAAAAAUUUACACGCUGCUAGAUGGUAGAGCUUGAAAGAAUAUUGUCUGGGGCUGGGAGCACCGUGAGGUUGGACCAGAUUUCAUAUUCAAAAGGAUAACAAGGUACAGCCGCCACGGCUUUCACCGAGAUGGUCGGACUCGCGGGUGGGGGAGCACAUCUCUAUCCCUCGCCGAUGCCCCCCAAUCCCGAGUUAAGGGAAAUGACUGGUAUAGCUCCGAGUGCACCUACCAGUGCCGAUGCAUGUCUCAGCAUAGUCCACUCGCUUAUGUGCCAUCGUCAAGGGGGAGAGAGCGAGGGGUUCAGCAAGAGAGCGAUAGAAUCUUUGGUCAAAAAGCUGAAAGAAAAAAGAGAUGAACUGGACAGCCUUAUAACAGCGAUUACAACCAAUGGAGCUCAUCCUAGUAAAUGUGUGACCAUUCAGCGGACGCUCGAUGGCAGACUACAGGUAGCAGGACGAAAGGGAUUCCCCCAUGUGAUUUAUGCUAGGAUUUGGCGCUGGCCUGAUCUUCACAAAAAUGAGUUAAAACAUGUGAAGUACUGCCAAUUCGCGUUUGACCUCAAAUGCGACUCAGUAUGUGUCAAUCCUUACCAUUAUGAAAGGGUUGUUUCACCUGGAAUAGACCCGUUCUUUACAGACCUGUCUGGGCUGACGCUGCAGUCUGGUGUUGGAGUUGGUCCGGGAGGCCGUUUGGUCAAAGACGAAUAUACUGUGGGAGGUGGAGGAGGCGGAGGAGGAGGAACUGGAAUGGAUGUAGAUGGUGAGAUCAAUCAAACGAUUCAGCACCAUCCACCACCACCACCUCCGCCACCCAACAAUCCGCAACCUUCUCAACAAGCCUUCAUUCCUGGGCUACCACCGCCUAAUCCAGCUGGAAAUGAAGGCAUGUUUGUCGCGGGCGGGAGUGCGGGUGGUGGCAACCCACAAACCAAACUGGAAGAGAACAAUUGUCCUCGACAAACGUGGAUACCCACGCCACACCACCCUGCAUCUCGUAACAUGCACCAUCCUGUUGUUCACCCUAUUGGGCAUUCAGUAGGAAAUCAACAACAGACAUUGAAUCCAACUGGAAGCACUGCUGGUAAUUCACAAAUCUUAAAUACUGCUCAAGGACAGUCCACUGAACCUUUUUACGGGGCAGCUACAUCUCCACAAGAUCUGAAUCAACCCCCAACCAGCGUUGAUGCGUUAGCUGCAUCUCUUGGGGGUGGCCAGAGUUCACCCGUAUCACCUGUUCAUAUGCAUCAUCAGAAUGGAUUUGCAGUUGCGACUGUGGCGAAUCCUUAUAACACUGGAGCUCCUCAAUGGACGGGAGCAAACACUCUCACGUAUACCCAGAGCAUGCAGCCACCAGAUCACCGUCAUCUUCACGCAGCAUCUUACUGGGGUACUGGACAUGGAGGAGAUGUUGGUGGAAGCUUGGGAGGUUUAUUAUCCACACAACCAGCUCCUGAAUACUGGUGCUCGGUAGGUUACUUUGAACUGGAUGCCCAGGUCGGCGAAACUUUUAAAGUCAGCAGUGGGUGUCCAACUGUAACGGUGGAUGGAUACGUUGAUCCUAGUGGUGGAAAUCGCUUUUGUCUCGGAGCAUUGAGUAACGUACAUCGUACCGAACAAAGCGAGCGUGCUCGUCUUCACAUUGGUAAAGGAGUGGUGCUGGACCUUAGAGGUGAAGGUGACGUUUGGCUUCGUUGCCAAAGUGAGCAUAGUGUUUUUGUUCAAUCAUAUUAUCUCGAUAGAGAGGCUGGACGAGCACCUGGUGACGCUGUGCAUAAGAUUUAUCCAUCUGCUUAUAUCAAGGUCUUUGAUCUUCGUCAAUGCCACAAGCAAAUGCGAGGGCAAGCUGCCACUGCUCAAGCUGCAGCAGCAGCACAAGCGGCUGCUGUUGCUGGUCAUUUGACUCAUGGCGCACCGAUUACCAAAAGUCUAAGUGCGGCAGCUGGUAUUGGUGUGGACGAUCUACGUCGACUGUGUAUCUUGCGUCUGAGUUUUGUAAAAGGAUGGGGACCAGAUUAUCCUCGACAGAGUAUAAAAGAAACGCCCUGUUGGAUCGAGGUUCACUUACAUCGAGCCUUGCAGCUUCUAGAUGAAGUGCUGCAUACGAUGCCAAUCGACGGGCCACGUGGUAUUGAAUAAACACUCCUCACCAUUUUCAGUUAAUUGUAAGUGAACUUCAGAAUUUCUCUAUAUUUUAUUUAUCCGAGGGAUGGGAGUAACUGUUGAAUGUGACGAUCAUAAAUUGAUAAAUUUAUGAACCAAAGCGCAUGGACCAAAAAUCAACAAAUGGUUCAAAAAAUAGGUGACUUGCUGCUUAUUGCAUACGAAUAUCAUGUCGUAUUUGAUUCUGUGCUAUAUCGGUACAGAUAUACACAUACAUACAUAUUUUCUCCACCUUUCGCCGUCGGUUGUUCCGUUGAAGUAGUUUGACGAUUUCUCCAAUUAACUGAUGGGCUGUAACUCAACUUACAAGUUUUGGGUAAUGACAAACAUUUGGAGAACAUUUGAUUACAUUCUUAAUAACUUUGAGACCAUGAUUCGUAUGCCGGCUGGUGGAGGAGACCAUUGCUUGAAACUCCCGGUGAAAAAACAUUUCCUGAAAUGCCAGUGAAUAUUGAUAAAGUAAUGGAAUGGAAGAGGUGAAAUAUAAAUUCUAAUUUUUACGAAAUUAUCAUUUUGGCCGAUAUGGCAAAAUUGAAUACUUUGAACUAUCGAUCGAAUUUGUACUUUGUAUGAUACAAAGCGAUACGGAGAUUGCUGUGUACAGAAAAUCAGAAAAUCGGCAUGUUUGUGCUGUUGUGCAAUACAAAAUUUUAUUUUUUGAUCACCCAAAUUAGAGAUGUAUUUAAGAAUGAAACAAAGAUAUGAAAAGGUAGCAUAUUCUUAUAGCGCGCUUAAGAGGUUUUUUUUAGGGUUUGUAAUUACGUGAAAUGAUUUUGCUUUCAUAGGAAUGCUGUUAUGUCGUUUUUCUAAGUUGAGAUAUGUGAAAGACAGUAGUGUCAGUACAUUUUUACGGAACAGCUCAAUAUUUGUAUUGAAGUUAUGAAAUAUUAAAAGAAGAAACAAACAAUCUAGACAACGCCAACUUGAUAUGAGUAAUUAAAGUCACCAAUAUACAUGAGUGUAUAUAAGUUUCAUGAUCGAAAAAAGUAGGUAAUAUUGUUUGGUGGCUGGUGGUAUUUCAUAGAGCAAAGUAUGUUUCAUAAACAAUCAAUUGAUUUUCUUAAUAGCAUAGUUUACUAUCAAGACAUUUCUGAUUAAAUAUUUUGUAUUAGCUUAGUAUUUGUUGAGAAAUUGAAUUACUAACCGAUUUAUUAUAUAUAUUCGUGCGAAUAUAUGUUAUUAUAUGGUAAUUAGUACCUUCUAUUGAGUAGAGAUUUGACCAAAAUUUUUAUAACUAUGAAUUAUUAUAAAAGAAAAAUUGUUUUAUCGCUUGUUUUUAUUGACGCGUAUUAUAUUUUUGCUUUGUUGUAUGGAGUAGAGAUUAUUUAGCGAUUUGUUUUCAUCUUGACGUGUAGAACUUUAAUCACCUACGUAUAAUGAUUAUAUAAAGUAUCAUCAUCAUCUUUUUUGUCCAAUUUUUUUGUUUGUUACUUUCAAUCUUCAACUUUGUACACCUUACAUUACAUAUUGUAUUAUCAUGUCGUACGUUAUAUCAUAUGUAUAUGACAAUGCAGUUAGCAUUGUAACACUAGUACUAAAUGAUCCAUCUAUUGUCUAUUUACCGUCAAACACAGUUUGGUUGUGACUUAACAUUAUGGCUUUUUGUUCGUUAAAGUUUCAACGUGUUAUAAAUUAUUAAUCGACUUACAAAGCACAGCUAUUUAAUAGUAUUGUUAGUAACUGGCGGCUGAUGAAGUUGCUGAACAAUUAAAAAUGCGAGCCUAAAUGUGUUACAAUCCUGUAAAAGGGAACAGAAAAUGUCAAAUAAAAGUUUAAUCUUUCUCGAUACCAUUAUAAAUGUUAUCGAUCACAGUUUUGAGCAGCAGAAUUCGAGCGCAUAUACCCGCGCUCGUAUAUUAUUAUAGUAAUGUACGUGCCAUUUUUUCGUUGUUUUUAAUUAUACUAUGUAUUAGGUUCACAAGCUCCAAAUGCGUCUGUGUAGCUUUUUUCUGCGAUCCAAAAUUCUACCUUCAACAACCGCGCUGAACUCAGAUUUGCUAUUGUUUCAUUUUGGUACUGCUAAUUUACCCCACGUAUUAAAAGGCUUCACAAGUUCACUUAUACUCGUGAAGGGUAUUACUAAGAUGAAUGCAGUUCCGAUCACGGUAUUGCAUGUGGAGUCUAUUUAUUGACAAAGAUCAGUUAUGUAGCAUUUGAUGCAACGAUUUAAAACUAAACGACGUGCAAUAGUCCAAAUCUGUAACAAGGAUGCAACUUCACUUGCAGACCUAAUCAUAAAGUACCUAAGGCACUAAUUUGUGUCAACCCUUGCAGUUUCUUUUUUUUUUUUUUUGUUUGUAUUUUUUUUUUUUUUACAAUUAUUCGAUUAUUUGUAAGGAAUAGAAUAUCUGUAAUCUUUUUAUGUUAUUAUAACUGAACUGAUGUAAUGUACUUCAAUCUGCACAUGAAAUUUGAUACAUCUUCACAACUGGCUGUUUACAAAGGUGACACGGUGUAGCUUAAGCAUUUUCGUUACUUUUAGAUACGUUCAAUUUGUUGAGCAGUUUAAGCAUCUUGUUUUAAAAAUAUAAGAUACUAAUUUAUGUACCCGAGUUAGGUGUAAGAAUUUUAGUUAUGUACGUAAUUUAGAUAUUUUUUGAAUCAUCUGAGAAAGAAAUAGAUAACUAUCUUAUAUCCUUUGCAACCGAACACAUUAUGAUCUCGAAUUUAAAAUAAUCGAUUAACCAUAGCUUAGUUACUGCCUUAUCAAGGUCUCACCAUCACUUCAUGUAAUACCCAUGUAAUUUAUCUUAUUCUUCAAAGACACACUGGAAAUACAUUCGUACAUAAGUGAGCAGAUACAAAUAACUAAUAUUAUUACAUGUGUCCAAGUUGAAAAAAAAUAUUAUAGACAUAUUACCUAGAAUCAAUUUGUACAAAUCGGUCUUUCUAUUAUCAAUCAUUACCUAUACGUUUUGAAGCAUCUAACGAAGGAAAACAGGGAAGAGUAAACGAAAAAAUAUAUACUAUAUAUACAUAUAAUUAUUUCUAUUAUAUUCAAUGAUAUUUGAGGACAGAGUGAAUCGUGUUCAAGGUAUCACUUCUGAUUCUGCAAAUAUACACUGAAAAUUCAAUGGUUUUAAAUAAAAGCCAAAGAUAUGUUAGAAAUAAUAGAUACUGUUUUGACACAAAAAAAUAAUAUUCGGUUUGAAACAGAUAACUUACAAAUAGGUACGCAUUCACUGGAUUGUAAUUAAACCUAUUUAGUACGUUUCAAAUUAUUCGGGGGUCGUGUGUGGCUGAUUAGAGUAUUUUAAUGUGCCAUGGGAUUAGAGAGCAGAGAUACCAGUAGCUAAUAAACUAAUGAACUUAGCGUGGUGAUCAGAAAUGAUACUGACUUUCUAGGAUAUAUUUUUCCACUUUGAAAACAACAAUUUGUCAGAACAAAUCUUCAAUAAUCUAGACGGUUAAAAGUUUUAUUUUAUAAGAUAUAAUGCCAAAUGUUAACCAGAGAUUUUACACGUUGAUUUCGUAAAAUUGAUCUGUUUGGAUCUCCUGUAUCAAUGUCCCUUGUGUUCAUUUAUGUGUCAAUACGAUCAAUUAAUAAUAUUAAAAUCUGUGAAUCUCAAUAAUCAGACAAUCAGAAGUUUUACAAACAAUGCAAGAUUUUUUACUUACCGAUGAAUUUUUGUAAAUAAAAGUACCAUUGUUCAUCCGCAAACAGAUCGAAAUUACGUUUGAUACGUCGUGUGUCAUACCUCCUAAUAUCUGACGAGUGCACGUCGUUACAACUCUACGUUAAAAUGAUUUUAAUAAAUAUUAUAUGAAGCUACUCGUGUAACCAGACUUCAACAAUGUGUCAGCAAUAUUGUUUUCUCUUUUUUGUAAAUAAACCAUGUUAUACAUCAUUUUCAAUAAACGAAUUCUAUAACAGGAA